CUUCGAUAAAACAUUUUAAUGUCUAUGGAUAAAACCAGAGAAUUUCAAAUACGAAAGUUUCACAUAGAAAGAUUUUGGCAUCUUUUUGUUAUGAAUCCCUGCAACAGAUGGCUGACACUGAUAAUCACUCUUUACAUGCCCACAAGUCUAGAAUCAGCAGUAGCCUCAAACAGCACAUCAUUUCUAUGGUGAAGGACAUUAUCCCUCUUGGCACCCAGAGACGAACCAGUGCUGAUGAUGGCAGCCAGCAUAUUGCCCUCUCUAAACCAGAGGCGCGAUCAAGGUCUCGAGGUCCAACCCCCAGUCUCCUGACCCCCUGUCCAACCAGAUCCGCAGACCCUACACCCCCAGAAGAGUCCAACUCCAGGAGCAGGAUGGGACCCCCAUUUACACGUAAAGCUAGCCAGUCAGAUGGCAACAUGUCCCUGAGGAGCUCUGUGAACCGGCUCAGUAGGUCUGCCAGGCGCAGUACUCUCACACCUGACCCCAAGAAGCAGCAUUCUCCCACGGCCAUCAAGAGGGUUCCUGUUAUGAUGGGACCCUCUCGUAACACCAGCAGUGAGCGUAAAAGUUCUGAGGCUUCACCAAGAAAAAGUUCGACGGUCCCUGCCCGCAAAUUGUCCUUUGUUAGUCCCAAAAAGGAUCUCCAGAAAGCAUCUGGCAGCAAGACUGACCAGACCCCCUCUCAUAUGGAGACACUACAGAAGAUGCUAAGAGAUGGGCGCAUCCAGCAGCCCCGCAUAUGCCUGAAACGGCUCAGGGAAUGUGACAUCGAGAGCCUGCAUGAAGUUAAACGGCCGUGCCUGAAUGAUGACCAGCAGGCGCAUGUCCAAACACACAAGCCUGUAAAUCCUGGACGGAAAGAUACCCUCUCACCUCCACUUACUCCAUCCAAGACUGUUUGCACAUCCUCCAACUCCACAUCGCCUCAGAAGACAAAAGAACCAUCUAUAUCAGCAAACUCCACACAGCCUGAGUGUACAUUGACCCACACAUCCACAGAUGUGACAGCGUCCACACAGCCUAAGCGUAUAUCGACAAAUGCGUGUACAAACGCCACUCAGUCUGAGGAUAAACAGGCACACACACCUAUAACCGCAAACUCCGAGUGUAAGUUGACACACUCGUGUGCAGACCCCACACAGUCUGAAACUAAGCCGGAGUUCACAUCUAAAAAGUCAACACAGCCUGACACGACACCCAGUCACACACCCACUGACUCUGUCCAGUCAAAACAGACAGCCACCUCUGCAAAUAAAAGCCAGCCAACUUCGAAACCAACAUAUGCAUCAGCAGAUACCACAAAACCUGCAUCUGUAAUGGCCCACAGAACCACAAACGUUACUCAUCCUUCCUCCAGGCCUAUUCCCAGGCCUGUACACUCUCCUUCACGUCCCUACCCUAAUCAAGAACACCCCCCCAGACCUUUGCAGCCUAGUCACACAUUUGCGCAAUCUACUCUGUCUACUUCUAGACAGACCAUUGUGGUGCCACGCCGGACACAGGCUGACCCCAGAGUAACAUUUGGGCCAACACAUCCUGGUGCCAACUCUACUUCCGGACGUAUGCACACACCCAGACCUAGACCCUUGCUGCCUUCUCCAACGCUUGUACCCUUGCUCCCCCGCGGCUCUGCUCCUGCUUUUCAGACACCCAUGCACUCUCUCACUCCUAGGGGAGCACUCAGACACCCCAGCUCCACUUCUCAUAUGCAUUCCCAACACACCCACCCACCGUCCAUUUACAGUCGCCCGUUUACACCGGGGAAUGCCCGUGUGGCCUCAAACCCGGGCCCUAGAGCAAACCCAGCCCCUAGAGCGUGUUUCAAUCUCACACCUCUUAACUCCAACAGCCAUGCACCCCUAAGACCAGUGCCCAAGCUUGUACGAUUGCAGAUGCAGUCAUCCAACAGCACACCCACAAAUUCUGUUUCAAAGCCCACACAUGGUCAGACACCUGGCAAUGCAGUGACAAAGCCUUCAAUCACCAUCACAAAGCUUAUGUCUACACUUACAAAAACAUCCACACCUACAAGCACAUCUGCUGCCACAGGUUCUCACACACCCAUGAAACCUGUGGCAGCACUUAACAAAACGCCCAUAACUACAUACACUGUAUCUGGAGCCACAGAUUCCCUCACACCAGCAAAACCUACAUCUGCAUUUGCUAAACCCCCCGUUACAAACUCUGUAUCGAGACCUACAGAAUCUCCAACACCCAAAAGACCUGUGUCUUUACCCACAAAUCCUUUGCCUGCGCCCAGAAAUGCGACCCCAAACCCUGCGUACACACGUCCCCCUAUCCACCCUUUUUUCCAACCCAGACAGAGGACUGGACCUCCCCUCAGACACCCGGCACCCAGCCCUCCUAGGCUCCCUGAUGCCAAGCAGCCUUGUGUUUCCUCCCCUUUUCCCGCCACCAAUCGGGAUACCCCGCCAAAGUAUGUCCAGCGUGCCUUUAUGAGGCGCAGCCAAGAGGGCACAGUGAUGCUGAGGGGGAAAUGUUCGCCUAGAGUGCUUCUGUCUGAGCCAUCGCCCUCCUCCUCCUCGUCUGCUUCUUCUUCCUCGUCUUUAGCGGCUACAACUGUGAAGAGUUCGGCAAGGAAGCUCUUUCCUGAGGCCGACAGCCAGCUUGCCCCGACAAGACAGACCAGCGUGAGCAGCGGGCCACUGUCCAGCCCUGUCGACCCCCUGAAGCCAUUUCCCACCCUUUCCGAGACCGGUCCCCCUGCCUCUGGCCCUUUCCAGACUCCUCGGUCCCCCUCUCCGUUAAUGGACAACCUGGACGAGAUUCUCACCCCAGACUCUCUACCCACAUCAACUGGCAUGGACAUUGACAUGGCCUCCCCUGAAGCUAGUCAAGGCUCACCCUCUCACUCACCCUCUCCCUCUCCCUCACACACUGGCACCUUGUUAGCACAGCUUGAUGAGACUGAUAUGGUGUUGGAUGAGCCCGGUAUACAAAACCCUGACAUUCGCGCCUUAAAAGUGGAACCUGACACAAAUCCAUCAAAGGUCUGCACCAAUCAGGAUUCGUUUAGCAUGCCGCAAGUCUUGCCCCGAAGGCCUAGCCCGGCGGGCAGCCCUGAGGUGGUGUGGUUGGACCCUCUAGAGGACGACCUGGGAUUUGAUGCUGGACUGGACUGUGCCCUGAGUGACACGAGCAGCAGUGAGGACGAGAAGCUCUUGUCCCUGCAGGAGAUCAUGGAGCGCAGUGCUCGCCCGCCACCCACACCUGACAAGGAUGCCUUCCCUGAGCCAAGCACACCUGUGGCAGCCAAAGCUCCUGUGGAGCUGAUCAAAGUCAAGCCUGUACGAUACCACAACACAUUGGACGAGAUGCUGAUUGAGAGGAACCGGAAUCAGAAGUCAAAGGAGCUGGAGGAAAAGCUGCUGCAGGGCUGUCGGGAGGACCUGCUGAUGGAAGAGGAGGUGGAGGAGGCGGAGAAAGACGAAGAGGACAUCUCUCAGGAACAACAUAAUUUUGUCCAGCGGUACACACUGACUGCUAGCACCAUCAGGGACCUGCACCCUGGAGAGGAGCUCUUCUCUCUGGCCAGCUUCGGCCGACUCUUCACCCAGGACAAUCUGCAUCUACCACAGGGCAUUACCCCCAAGAACACAGCCCAGCGCUGCCUCUUCAGGGCCAGUCCUAAUCAAGCUCUCCUGCUGGUUCGGGCAGGACUGCUGAAGACGGCGUAUGCCGCUAGUCCCUGUCAGCCUGAGAUCUCCCGCUGGCUCCUUCAGAUGAUGUCGGUGCAUUCGAACCCCUGCAUGUCAGCGCAGAUCCUGCACUCUCUGAAACACCUUGCCCUUAUAGCUGGCCUAAAGAUUGCAGAGAGCCAGGACCCCAAGUUCCAGGUGUGGGUCCCCAGCAUGCAGGACGUGGUGUUGGUCUUCCUCAACAUGGGCGUCCCCUUCAUCAGCAUGUUCCCUCUGGAGAUGCUGCAGCCGACCUUCACCGAGGCUGACCUCCUUGGGAGCACUGUGAUUGGCCCUGAGGGUGUGUCGAGUGGGAGUGAACACGCCAGUUUUCCAGAACACAACUUCGACAAUGUGAUCAAGUAUCUGAGUGUGUGUGCGGCGCUGUGUCCACGGGCCUACUCGGACCGCGAGCUGGUGCUGCUGCUGACGCUGGUGUGUCUGCUCAGCCUGGACACCCACCUGCAGCUGCUGCCCACUGCCAACCUGUCCAACCUCAUGCUCCACCUCAUCAACAACAUCACCGACUGGGACACACAGAUGCCUCUGGUGUGCCGGGCUCUGACUGACUUGACCGAUGACCACCACAACUUGAGACGCCUGGUGCAGCUACUGCCUCCCAACAAUCGGGGGAGGCAACUCAGGAGACACCUAAGCUUAUCAAUCAUCUCUAAACUGCUCAACCAGAGGUGCACGUACAAGCCUGUCAGCACCGAGUUCAAGCUGUCUGAGCUUCGCCGGUACGUGCCGCACAUGACACCAUCUCAACUGAAGAAGAAGCACAUGGCUAAGAGGCCGGACCUGAAGCAGGACGAGGCUGUGCAGGACCAGCAGGCAUAUUACCUCUGCUAUAGCCUCUUGGAUUUGACCAAUGAAGCUUCCAAUUACGAGUUUUUGCACCAAGACCAGAAGAACCAGCUGAAACAUCUGUCCGCACAACUGGAAAAACAUGUGAAAUGUGACAUCCGUGAGAGUGAGAAGUGUCUUUAUAGGAGUAAGGUGAAGGACUAUGUUGCGAGAAUAUACACAAGGUGGCAGGUUCUACUGCAGAGAACACGGCCUGCGCAGGGGAAGCUGUAUGACUUUUGGGAGCCUCUAUCUGAGGAUGCACUGAGCGGCAGCCAGGAGGAGCAACAGGACUUGAGAAGACCUCAGCUGCAGCAGGAGGUGCAGCAGGAGCAGAGAAGAUCUCCGCUGCAAGAGGAGGUGCAACAGGAGCAGAGAAGAUCUCCGCUGCAAGAGGAGGCGCAGCAGGAGCAGCAGAAGGGCAAGGAGAAUGUGGCCCAAGAGCCAAAGGAGAAUGUGGCCCUCGAGGAACCUGAGGUCACAGGGGAGGAAGAGAUGGGAGAGGAGAGCUCAGGAGACGAGACCGUGAUUGAGGAUGAGACUGUGAUGGAGGAGCAGCCAGAGGAGGUGGAGAAGGAGGGAAAUGGGGAGAAGAGUCUGUCAAAACAGGAGCCAGACAAGGCAGAGGGACCUCCAACAGGGGAGGAGGGAUUGUCAGUGCAAGAGGAGGGGGUGCAUGCAGAGCAGGAGACUGACAAGAAGGAGAGACUGGAAACUCAGGAAGGGGUGGACAAGGUGGAGGUGCAGCCAACAGAAGGGGAGGGGUCGCCAGUACAAGGAAAUGAGGAGCCAGAGAAGAGGGGGGAGCUGCCACUGAAGGAGGGCGAGGAGCUUGCCAUGGAGGAAGAGUCAACAAGAGAGGACGGACUGCCUGCAAAGGAGGCACGAGCGGAGGAGGACAAGAUGCCCGUCAUGGAGGAGUCAACUAGCACAGAAGAGCACCUAGAGAAGCAGACAGAGAUGGAGGAGUCAACUAGCACAGAGGAGCACCUAGAGAAGCAGGCAGAGAUGGAGGAGGUUGAGAUGGAAGUGGAGGUGCCUGAGGAGCAGGAGCAAGAGAUGGAGGCCGGAGAGCAGGCAGCAAGCAGCAGAGAAGGGGUGGACGUGGAGGAGAUGGAAAUGAAGGAGACCCAGACAGAGUCUCCGAAAAAUAAUGGGCCUGAUACAGAGGAGCCAAUGAGCGAGGUGGAAACGGCGGAAGGGGAAAGAUCCGUUGGGGAAGGCAAGCCGGGCCUGGAAUCUGGAGAAAAGACAUUGGAUGCUGGAGUGAGUAAGAGUCAGGUGAUGGACGAGGACACACACCGAGGAUCAGGGGAGAUGCGAGGGACAUGCUCUCUCACCUAAAACUUGGCCUCUGUGUCUGUGUCUGUGUCUGUGUCUGUGUGUGUGUGCGUGUGUGUGUGUGUGUGUGUCUGUGUUGACUAGCACAAUAAGCUCAGGGAAAGCUCUCCUCUCUCCUCUCCUCUGGGGAGUUGGUCAAGUUAUGUUAGGUGGUUUAAGUGCUUCAUGGGUACAGUCACAGCAUUUGCGACAGGACAUUUACAUUUGCACAAAUGCAGUCCAGUUGUUUUGAUCUUUUAUUGGAAAGCCACACGUUUUUGUGCACAUGUCACACAUGUAGUGUACAUGGUAGUAAUUAACUUGACAAAGAAAUGCACUAUUUUUAGCUUCUAAAACUCCACAGGUCAUGGAGAACUAAGAAACCAAAAAAAUGGAAUUAGAUUUGUUUUAACAUUCAUAAAGCCAGCCUAACGUUUCAAAAUAGAUCAUUCCAAACCUGGAUUGAGAUAAAUCUUGUUUCUGUUAAAUGUUCAUUACAAUAUACCUGUCCUUCAGAGUGCCGUAUAUUUCAUUUUGGCUGCUCCCUUUCGUGUCUUCUCACUUUCUGGAUGAUACAAGGGGAAACAUAAGCCGUUUUGUUGGAAAGUGGCAGAGAAAGGAUCUCUGUGCCCUCCAAAUCAUAAUUUACACCUCUUUACAAAAAGCCAAUUCACUGCCUCAGCUCAGUGAACGCCACCACAGCGCUUGGUUUUGGUACUGUUAGUACGGCAGUGUGAAUGUCCCCAAAGAGAAUUAUCAGCGUGCUGUUAGCGCAGUUCUAUUCUGUGGUACUCUCUGGAUGCUGUGGGACAGAUGCAGACCAUAAUAUGCCCACUGGACUUCCUAUGCGAAACUUCCUUGGUUGAUUGAUUGUGCAUUUUUAAGGCUGCAGGUUUAAAAGAAAUCUAAGUUUUCCAGCCUUCUCUUCUGUUUUUUUUUUUUUAAAAGAAGAAAUUAUAUGUGAAAAAAUUAUAUGCGACUUUUGAUAAAAUUGGUCAAUUGGUGUUUACUCUAGAGGCCAGUUAUCUUUUACUUUGUAAUUAAUGUAUGAAAACAACUGCAAAAAUGUGUACAUAUUUCGUUUUUUCUUUAUUGGAAGAGGGGUACUUUAAUAUUUCAUAUUCUUUGUUUAAAUGUAAUGAUUGAAAAAUAAAGUAGGAUAUACAUUGUU